UUUGAAGUCUAUGUGAUACCUCAUUCAAUCUCAGACAACAGUCGGAGCAACAGCAGUAUAAUAAUAUUAUCUCUAUAUUAUUUUCAUUUAUCCAAAAAUAAAAAUAGCCGCAAAUAAUAAUCAAAUAAAUCCGAAAACUAAAAAUGUUCAACGGAAUAGAUUCAGGCGAUAAGUUGGACGCGCAGUCCCCGGUUCAAAAUAGCUCGACGGGCUUUAGUUUCGAAAACUGCACUCGCAAUAGAGACUUGGUCCAGAAGGGCAUUGAAGGACCCGACGUCUGCAACACUGGCACCACCGUCGUGGGCCUCAUCUAUCGCGGAGGCGUCAUCAUCGCCAGUGACUCCAGGGCCACCGUUGGCAACAUGGUUCCCAUGAAGAGCAGCCGCAAGAUCCAUCCGAUCCAGGACAAUAUUUUCGCCGGAGGAGCCGGAGUAGCCCGUGACAUUCGCGCCCUGGUGGACCUGACCCAUGCCCAGAUGAACAUCCAUCGCAUGAACACCGGAGGCCGGGUGGUGCCCGUCCGCUGCGCCAACCAGUUCGUGAAGCAGGUCCUCUUCCGCUACAGAGGCGCCCUCGGAGCCAACUUCAUCAUCGCCGGCGUGGACAAGGAGGGAGCGCAUCUCUUCUGCACUCGAUUCGAUGGCACCACCGACGUGCUGCCCUAUGCCACCAUAGGAUCGGGAGGCAUGCCCGCCAUGGGCAUACUGGAGACCCGUUUCAAAAGCCGGAUGAGCGAGUCGGCGGCCCGUGGCCUGAUCGUAGAGGCCGUCGCAGCCGGAUUGCUGAAUGACCCGUUCUCCGGGAAUGAGACCCACAUCUGCAUUAUCCGUAAGGACUACACUGUGAACCUCGAAAUAGAUAGCCGGGAGGACGACUGUGUCGACCGCGUCCUUGACAUCAACAUCCAGCCAGGCUCCACCAGUGUCCUGAGCACCGUCGUGCACUGGGUCGCCGAUAUGUACGACAAUAUUGUGUACACUCUUCCGAAGGACUGCGGCAAGUGGAAUCCGAAGCCCCGUCACCAGCAGGGCGAGGUGGAGAUAUGGCGCAAUGGGCAAGGAAGUAGAAAAGGCUUCGUAGGACGCGAACCACUCCCAGAAGCCCGCAACCAGAGAACAGUGCGAUUCGACGGGCAGGCCACUCGUCCUGAUGCCGUUCCUCUUAAACGUCAUGGCACCAGUCCGGCCGCUGUUCCCGCCAAGAAAAGCGUCGGGCCCUGUAAGAGUCCCGAUCGCAGGCGCUCCACCAAAAACCACAAACACAGAUUAGGAGGUAAGCACAGGAAGGGUCGUCGUCGUGGACGAAAGACUAAACGCUCUGGGCAUAAGGACACCGAGAAAGGACACCAAGAAGGAUGCCUAGGACACUCUGGGGGAGAGAGUGAGGAGUCUGAGGAAGGCUCAAAUGAUGCGGAAGACACUGAAGUCUCAUCGGAAGGUACUGAUGUUGGAAGUGAGGACGAAUGCUCCGAGAACGAGGAGUUAAGCGGGGAAGAGUCACGUGGCUCAGAAGACUCCGAAGACGAAGAGCGUGGAUCAAAAGAUAAAGAGCAAAGCCGUGCCACUGAAAACUGGGCAGAGGGUCUUGACCCACAAGGCUUUGAGGGAAGCCGUGGCCAAGAAGCCUUGGACGAAAGCCUUGGCUCACAAGACUUGGUCGAAAGCGGUGGCUUAGAAGACUACGACGAGGGCCGUGGCUUACUACACAACUACGAAACCCAUGGGUUUAUACAAGAAUACGACCACAGCCGUGGCUUACAAGACUUUGAAGAAAGAUUACAAGACUACGACGAAGGCUCUGGCUCACAAGACUUUGAUUUAAUCCGUGGCCUACAUGCCUUGGACGAAGGCCAUGGCUUACAGGACUUCGAAGAAAGCCGUGGCUUACAAUUCUACGACGAAGGCCGUGGCUUACUACACAACUUCCACGAAACCCAUGGGUUUAUACAAGAAUACGACGGAAGACGUGGCUUACAAGACUACGAGAGCUCAGGCUCACAAGAUUUCGAUGCAUCCCGUGGCCUACAGGACUUGGAGGAAGGCCAUGGCCAGGACUACUACGAUGAAAUCUACAGCCUAAAAGACAGUCGUGGCUCACUAGAUAAAGACAGUCGUGGCUCACUAGAUGAAAACAGUCGCGGCUCACUAGAUGAAAACAGUCGCGGCUCACUAGAUGAAAACAGUCGUGGCUCAUUAGAUAAAGACAGUCGCGGCUCACUAGAUGAAAACAGUCGUGGCUCACUAGAUGAAAACAGUCGUGGCUCACUAGAUGAAAACAGUCGCGGCUCACUAGAUGAAGACAGUCGUGGCUCACUAGAUGAAGACAGUCGUAGCCCACAAGACUUACACCAAGGCCGUGUCUUGGAAGACAGCGCCGAGAGCCUUGGCUCACAGGACAUUCACGAAUACGGUGGAUUGCUAGAUUUGAACGACGGCGUUGUCAUUGAAGACGGCACAGGAAGCCGUGGCUCUGAAGAAUUCGAUGAAGACCGUGCUGUAGA